CAUUUGGGGGACCCAAAAGUGGUUUCAGAAGAGGGGGUUCUUUGGCGGGGUGGGGAGAGGUGGUGGGGGGAGGACCGUCUAUAAGAGGGAUCAGAGGGUGUGGGGACAUCUGUGAGCGAAAUGUCAGGGGAGGAGGAGUUUUAUCUGUUCAAGAACAUCUCCUCAGUGGGGCCGUGGGAUGGGCCUCAGUACCACAUUGCCCCUGUCUGGGCCUUCCACCUCCAGGCAGCCUUCAUGGGUUUUGUCUUCUUUGCAGGGACACCCCUCAAUGCCACGGUGCUGGUGGCCACACUGCGCUGCAGAAAGCUGAGGCAGCCACUCAACUACAUUUUGGUCAAUGUGUCCCUGGGGGGCUUCCUCUUCUGCGUCUUCUCUGUCUCCACUGUCUUCCUCGCCAGCUGUCAGGGAUACUUCAUCUUCGGCCGCCGCGUGUGUGCUCUGGAGGCCUUCCUGGGCUCUGCAGCAGGUCUGGUCACAGGCUGGUCACUGGCCUUCCUGGCCUUUGAGCGCUACAUUGUCAUCUGUAAACCCUUCGGCAGCUUCCGCUUCAGCUCCAGGCACGCACUGAUGGUGGUCCUGGCCACCUGGACCAUUGGCAUUGGCGUCUCCAUCCCACCCUUCUUUGGCUGGAGCCGGUUCAUCCCCGAGGGCCUGCAGUGUUCCUGUGGCCCUGACUGGUACACCGUGGGCACCAAAUAUCGCAGCGAGUACUACGCCUGGUUCCUCUUCAUCUUCUGCUUCAUCGUGCCUCUUGCCCUCAUCUGCUUCUCCUACUCUCAGCUGCUGGGGGCGCUCAGAGCCGUGGCAGCCCAGCAGCAGGAGUCAGCUUCAACCCAGAAGGCUGAGCGGGAGGUGAGCCGCAUGGUGGUGGUGAUGGUGGGAUCCUUUUGUCUCUGUUAUGUGCCCUACGCCGCCCUGGCCAUGUACAUGGUCAACAACCGUAGCCACGGGCUGGACUUGCGGCUGGUCACCAUCCCUGCCUUCUUCUCCAAGAGCGCUUGUGUCUACAACCCCAUCAUCUACUGUUUCAUGAACAAGCAGUUCCGGGCUUGCAUCAUGGAGAUGGUGUGUGGGAGGUCCAUGACAGAUGAGCCUGACGCGUCCAGUUCCCAGAGAACUGAAGUUUCCACUCUCUCUUCCAGCCAAGUAAGCCCCAGCUAAGGCGCCAUAUUGGCCUACUUGCAGCAACUGGGAUUUUACAUUUAAGGAAAUUUCUACUUCCUCUGCCAAAAACCAAACUACCAACAAUGCAGAAAACAGACAGGAAGGGGAGCAAUGACAACUUGGGGAAUCAAUGUUCCGUUUUCCCACCACCUUCCUGCCUGCAAAGCUACUGCUCCAGCUGGGCCCGACUCAGAACACACCAGAAGCUGCUGCAGCAACCAUCAGCUUCUAGUCCUAAGUGGCCAGGUGCCCAGCACUUGGAAAGUCGGUCUCUACAUACAAGCCAACUACAAAGGCGUAUGGCUGAGUUUUCAGUGUAUGGACAACAAUUACCUUCCUUUUUAGUGACCUUUUCCCCAGACUGGGCAUCUGUUCUGAGAUGAUACAUUCUGAGAAAAUACUGUAGGAAUGGCAGAG